AUGGAUCUCGCAGCUCUCCGUGGGUGUACACUCUCAGCGUUAGAUACAAAUGCAGACAUUCGACGACAAGCCGAGCUGCAGCUGAAGCAGGCGGAAGCAACACCUGGCUUUAUCGGUGCACUUCUGGAUAUCAUAGCAGCAGAUCCUGAACCACAGGUUCGCCUUUCUGCUGUCUUGUACCUGAAAAACAAAGUUAUCAGAUCCUGGGAAUUCAACGAGGAGUUCCCGAAAAACGUGCCCAUCUCUGAAGAUGAGAAGGCAGCAUUCCGCGAACGGCUCGUGCCAACCCUUGCUUCGGCAGCCUCGCCGAUACGACAGCAGCUUAUGCCGUUGAUUGGGAAAGUCCUUCAUUAUGACUUCCCCGAAAAAUGGCCUGGUUACAUGGACAUUACCCUGCAGCUCCUUGGUUCGAAUGAUAUCCAGUCGGUAUUUGCGGGUGUGCAAUGCUUGCUCUCGCUUUGUCGCGUUUACAGAUUUAAGCAAGCCAACGACAAGAGAGAAGAAUUGGACCGUGUCACCCAAGCGACCUUCCCCACACUCUUGGCCAUCGGCAACAGAUUGGUGGACGAGACUAGCACUGAUGCAGGUGACAUGUUAAAGAUGAUUAUUAAAACAUACAAGCAUGCUGUAUAUUUCGAGUUGGCGGCUCAUCUUCGGGAGGAAUCUUCAAUUGUCCCCUGGGCAACCUUGUUUAUCAAGGUUGUAGGGAAACAAGCACCGCCAGAAUCCAUGCCUGAGGAUAUUGAAGACCGGGAGGCUCACCCGUGGUGGAAAGCCAAGAAGUGGGCCUACUCAAAUCUGAACAGGCUUUUUGUGAGAUAUGGCAACCCUACCAGCAUCACCACAAAUAACUCAGAAAAUUAUGAGAAAUUCUCUAAGCAUUUUAUACAACAUUUUGCGCCAGAGAUUCUAAAGGCAUAUCUUCAGCAGAUUGAGCUGUGGGUUUCGAAGCAAGCGUGGUUGAGCAAGAUCUGCCUUUCAUGCACUAUUACUUUUAUGGAUGAGUGUAUCAAACCAUCAGCAACAUGGAAGCACUUGAGCCCCCACGUCGAGAACUUGAUCUCUCAUGUUCUCUUCCCCCUACUUUGCCAAACAGAUGAGGACCUCGAGACUUUUGAGUCAGAUCCGGGUGAAUACUUGAACCGCAAGAUUAACUUAUACGAGGAAAUAUCAGCUCCAGAUGUUGCUGCCACAAAUUUCUUGAACACACUUAGCAAGGCCCGCCGAAAGCAGACAUUUACGGUUCUUAACUUUAUUAAUGAAGUGGUCAACCGGUAUGAGGCAGCUCCGGAUGACCAGAAGAAUUACAGAGAAAAGGAAGGUGCUUUAAGAAUGAUUGGAACCUUAUCUGCUAUUAUCCUUGGGAAGGGCAGUCCUAUUGCCGAUCAGGUGGAAUAUUUCUUUGUUCGCCAUGUUUUCCCCGAGUUUAGGAGCCGCCAUGGAUUUCUCCGAGCUCGUGCGUGCGACGUGCUUGAGAAAUUCUCCGAUCUUGACUUUAGGGAUGAGAAUAAUGUCGUUGUUAUCUACCAGAAUAUCUUGCAAUGUCUCAACGAUGCUGAAUUACCUGUACGGGUUGAAGCAGCGUUGGCCCUACAACCUUUAAUCAGGCACGACUUCAUUCGGACAUCCAUGCAACAGAGCAUCGCGGAUAUUAUGCAGAAACUGUUGCAGCUUGCUAAUGAGGUUGACGUGGACGCGCUUUCCAAUGUCAUGGAGGAGUUCGUUGAGGUUUUUGCUUCAGAGUUGACACCGUUUGCAGUACAGCUCACAGAGCAGCUGAGAGACACUUAUCUCAGGAUCAUCCAAGAUGUCAUUGACAAGGGUGCUAACUCUAUUGAUGACGAUGUUGAUAACUACCUGGAUGACAAGAGCAUCACAGCUCUUGGGGUUUUGCAGACCAUUGGAACCCUGAUAUUGACUUUAGAAAGCUCUCCCGGAGUUUUGUUGCAAUUAGAGCAAGUUCUUGUUCCAGUCAUUACAGUCACUUUGGAACAUAAGUUGUUUGACUUGUAUAACGAGGUCUUUGAAAUUAUUGAUAGUUGCACUUUCUCUGCCAAAGCAAUCUCGGGUACCAUGUGGGCGGUAUUUGAACUUAUCCACAAGUCUUUCAAGGACCGUGCGGAGAUAUACAUCGAGGAAAUGCUUCCCGCAUUAGACAACUACAUCUCAUACGGUUCCGACAUGUUGAUUCAAAACCCAACAUACUUGGCAGCAAUGUUCGAUAUCAUUUCAACUAUCUUUACGAACGAGCGUCUAGGCGCCAUGGACCGCAUUUGCGGGUGCAAGCUCGCUGAGGCUGUGAUGCUCAAUCUUCGGGGACACGCUGACCAAUACUUGCCUCAAUUUGUUGAGAUUGCCAUGCAAUGCCUUACAGCACCUAACGAGAUCAAGUCUUACCGCAUCCAUUUGAUGGAAAUGGUCAUCAACUGCAUUUACUACAACCCAGCCGCUACCUUACAGAUCCUCGAGAGGAAUGGUUGGACAAACAAAUUUUUCAGUCUUUGGUUUUCAAAUAUUGAGAAUUUCAACAGGGUGCACGACAAGAAGCUUUCGAUUGUGGCGAUUGUGGCAUUGAUCCAGCUUACGCCAGAGCAGAUUCCUCAAAGCAUCCAGCCGGGUUGGCCGAAGUUGAUGCAGGGAAUCGUACCACUCUUUCAAUCUUUGCCCUUGGCUAUGAAGAAUCGUGAGGAAAUUCAAAAAGAAGGCCUAACACUUGACGAUUCAUACGGAUCUGACAGUGACAACGAGUGGGAAGGCGAGGCAGCAUGGAACAAGGAGGGUGAGGAUGCCGAUGAGCUUGAUAUACCAGAUGAAAGUAGUGCAUAUAUGGAGUUCCUGAAUAAUGAGGCAUCUGCUCGGGGUGUUUUGUCCGCCAAUUGGGAUGAUGAGGAUGAUGAUCUUGAGGAGGAAACUCUCUUGGAGACUCCAUUGGACAAUAUUGAACCUUACCAAUUGUUCAGAAACGCAUUGUUGGAAUUGCAACAGCAGCAACCCCAGAUCUAUGAAGGGCUCACAAAAGGUCUGAGUCCAGAUGAACAAAAUGUGAUCAAGGGUGUGGUUCACGAAGCUGAGGCUAAAAAAUUGGCUGCUGACGCUAUGGCUGCGGCUGUCGGUGGCAUGCCUGUCAAUGGGCAUCAAUAA